UGGCAGCCGCCCCCGCUCCCCUUCCCCCGAAGCUUCGUGAAGAUUCCGGAAGGCUCCGGCCGGCUCUUUCCGCCGAGGGAGCCGCUCCGCCCCCGGCGCUGCCCGGCUUCCGGCCGCCUGCCGCCGCACCGGGCUCCGCUCUCCCCACCGCCUGGGGCCGGCGGCGCCGCCAUGUCGCUGCUCUGCUACAACCGAGGCUGCGGCCAGCGCUUUGACCCCGAAACCAACACGGAGGAUUCGUGCACAUACCAUCCAGGUGUGCCAGUCUUUCAUGAUGCUCUCAAGGGGUGGUCAUGUUGUAAGAGAAGAACAACAGACUUUUCUGACUUCUUAAGCAUUGUGGGCUGUACAAAGGGUUUCCAUAACAGUGAGAAACCUCCUGAGCCUGUUAAACCAGAAGUCAAAACUACCUCUGAACGAAAGGAGCUAGCUGAACUGAAACCCAGAUUUCAAGAACACAUAAUUCAGGCACCAAAACCGUUGGAAACAAUUAAAAGGCCAAGCCCAGAUGAGCCAAUGACAAAUUUGCAGCUGAAAGUGUCAGCUUCCUUAAAGCAAGCACUAGAUAAACUGAAACUGUCAUCAGAAAAUGAAGAGAAAAAAGAGGAAGACAGUGAUGAAAUCAAGAUUGGGACGGCGUGUAAAAAUGCGGGCUGUUCGAAAACGUACCAAGGACCACAAAGCACUGAAGAAGUAUGUAUAUACCAUUCUGGUGUACCUAUAUUCCAUGAAGGGAUGAAGUAUUGGAGCUGUUGUAAAAGAAAAACAUCUGACUUCAAUACAUUUUUAGCUCAAGAAGGCUGCACAACAGGAACACACGUAUGGACUAAAAAGGAUGCGGGAAAGAAAGUAGUUCCAUGCAGGCACGAUUGGCACCAGACUGGAGGAGAAGUGACUAUUUCUGUAUAUGCUAAAAACUCUGUUCCUGAUCUGAGCUACGUAGAAGCAAAUAGCACAAUGUUAAAUAUCCAUAUUGUAUUUGAAGGAGAAAAGGAAUUUCAUCGCAGUGUGAAGUUAUGGGGAGUAAUUGAUGUAAAGAGGAGUUACGUUAACAUGACGGCUACAAAGAUUGAGCUUACUAUGAGAAAAGCAGAGCCCCUAUUAUGGGCAAGUCUUGAAUUACCGGUAUCCAACACACAACAAAAAAAAGAGGAUUCAGAUCAAUAAUGAUCCCAAGAGACAAGUUAUAUCCCAUUAUGAAGUGGUGACUUGCUACUGUAAUCAAAUAUUUAACGUUUAUAUAGGGUUUUUUAAUGCUAGACCAUAUGUUCCAUUCUCCAAAGAAAUUUGAUGCACAUUAAAUGGGGGUGUAAACUUGAAGGGUAAUAGCUAUUUCUGCACUUGCUCCCAGGAGAAUAUUUAUUCUAGCUGGAGUGUCUCCAUGGGGAUUUAGAGUAAAAAAGCUACUGCCCUUCACUUACAGCCUUACCUACCAUGCAGUGACUGUCCAAAUAGAUGUGUUCUCGGUCUGCUGUGCAUGUUAAUUCUUCAAAUGUUUGGUUUAGACUGGAUCUAUUGGGUGGCACAUGUUAAAUUCAGCACUGUUCCUUGUGAAGCAUACAGUAAUACAGAUACAAAAAUCUGAGUUUAUGAAGCGAUUAACAUGCAAUUCUAGAUCUGGAAUAAAAAGGUAUAUAAGCAUAAAUACGAAAGAGCACUUGUGGACUUGCAUUUUUGUCUUCCGAAACUAAGGUUUGUUUCAAUACCUGCUGGCCAUGGAGGAGUGGAAUAAGAGGUACUUUGGUAAGGAUUUCAGUACUUGCUGACUCCUUUCCUGUCCUUCAUGUAAAAAAGCAGAUCAGAUUAAAACGAAAAUGAAGCUGGCAAGAGGGGACUCUUCUUUUUUUCUUUAACUUCUGUACAUCUGGUAUUUGAAUUGUUAAAUAUAAAAGUGAAUAGACAGUGAAAUGACUGAAUAACUUAGCAUCGCAGCUGUGGAGAAUAUACAAACAGCAGACUAUUGUAGAAUUACCAAGGUGCUGUAUCUAUUUGACAGUCUUUAGAAUGUAGAUUCUGUCCUAUUCUACAACAUUCAAAAUUAUGAAUCUCUUUUUUCAAAGUAGGUGGGUGUGUGUAGUCAGAGACACCAGCAUGCACUGUAGGUGUCUCAAGAAAAUGAUUUCCAUCUAGAUAUGCAUAGCUCUUGUUUCUGAGGAUGGUAAUCUAAGAACUAAAUUUAACUACAGGACAAAUCUUAGGAGAAACGAACAACAAGCUUUAAAAUCUGUCUCACAUCAUAAUUGUACUUUUGAAUUAAAAUGUUUUUAAAUUAUUAUUUCUUCUGAACAGCAUAACCAAAACACUGUAAUUAGAAGUCAAGACCUUAUUUUCUUCAGUUCUCCAUUAGUAAUGAUUUGUGGCGAAAACAGGAUGUCUUUAAAGAUGAGACUUUUAUCCAAUCGGCAACAAAUGCAGUAAUGUCGCAUUCUCUCUCUGCUUGAAAUAGUUUCUUAAUUUUGAGUGGCAGCUGAAAGAAAAACAUUUUCCUAAGUCAUGCAAAAUGUACACCGUUAUUUAUUAUGCCAAAACUUGUAUAUGUAAACAAGCAGUCCUGUGGACUGUUGAAAUGUGUAUGUGCUCACCUGCCUACCUUGGCAGACCUGGAAUAACGCCAAGAGAAACAGAAUGCAGUAAAAGCAUUCUGAAGUUAAAUAUGGAUUUCUAACAAUCUUGCUGUUUCCCAGCAGCUAUAAUUUGACUUGAGCUCAGAGUUCUGUCUCUGGCAGUACUUGAAAUCCUCUUCAUGCUCUAAAGUAGUAGGAAAUACAUCACCAAAGAAACCAUCGCCAAACACCAAGAAAGUAACACCAGUGCUGUAUAUGUGAACUUUGUUUUGGUGCUUCUUUACCUUCAUUUCAAGAUCCUCUUUCCUCACUGACUUGGAGAGAGGUCGGUUUUUUACUCCCUUGGGCCCCUAUUAAAAGUUCCAGCUCCAAGUUCUGCCUAAAAGAUUCCAUUAACCUCUAAUAAUGCUUUUUUUUCUUUUUUAAAUAAAUUUGAAAAUGUUCGGUGCUGUGAAAUGAUGGCGUACAAGCCUAUAAAAAUGUAUAACUGCAAAUGGUCCUUUAAAAAUGGAACAGCUGUUCCCCGAUGUGUUCCGAACCAACAAGUGGUGCUCUUAAUGCUGCAGGCUUCGGGCCCCCGUAACUAUUCGUUGCACUCUUUCAGACUACACUCUGCCGGUAGCUGAGUCAACUUGGCCAUAAGCAAAAGAAAGCUGCUGUAAACAUGAUUCUCAGCCUUGCUUUUGCUCUUUAUUCAUUCCUCCUACCCUUUUCCUGUUGUUCAUGCUUUCAGCACAAAAUUAAAGAUAGUUCAGGAGUUCUAAAAUGACUUUCCCCAUCAGUGACAACAAAACCACUUUUAAAAUUCACCUGUUUGAAAAUGUAAGCAAGCAAACCCCCCCAGCUUUGAUUGGGCAAGAAGGUUUAGGUUUUACAAAUAAUAGUCUAGUUUUCUAUGGCCUGUGAUGUUUUUCAAAAUGAAAGGAUAAAUUUUGAGAUGGUAUAGACUGCCGUAAGUCUCUUGUUUAACUGCAUUAAUUCUUAGCAGUUCUUUGUAACCAUAUGUCUGCAUCCAUCCUCAAGCUGCAAACGCUGUGCCACUUGCUGAAUUUGCGUGUUUUGAGCAGUUGCUCAGAACAGGCUUCAACACACCAGUGGCUGAUCCUGGUAUUUCAUGAAACGACACCUUGACAUGGACAGUGGUAGCUGACACUCGGUGCAAUAUUGGUUCGGCUGUAACUUUUAUUAGUAAAAGUGGAGAGAAGGCGAAAACAGUUGUAGCAAACCUACCGCAAUACUUUCUCAAAAGGAAGAUUUGAAAAUUAAGCCAAGUGAUUUUUGGUCACGGAGGCUUUCUAAUAAUCAUGAAACUAAAUUGCAGACAAGUAUGUGCUUGCUGUUAAAUUCACCCUUUUUUCAUCUUCUCAGAAGCGCUGUAUUGAACAAGUUGGCUAACUUGAUAACAGCCCAGCUGUAUUUUUAAAUUAAUGAGUCUUUAAAAGCUGUGGCAUGUUUCAGUGUGGGCCUACAUGUUACACAUGUAGACGGCGUAUUGCAUGUCUCGGAACCGACCGUCCAGGUGCAUAUAAAACUUCUCUUUCACAGUCCCUUUUCAACAUGAAGAAUUGUGUGGGUGUACAAGUUUGUGACAGAAAUCUUCAUCUUUUUCCUCAUGUAUAAGCCCAUUUUCCUACCCAGCAUUACUUAUUAUAUCUGUAACAACGUUUCUCGUAGGAGUUUGAAUUUAUUUUUAAUGUUAAUAUACAGUUAAGCACUGGGCCGUGCAACUGCUCUGGCUUACGGCACUGAUGAUGUAACUUGGCGAAAAAAUCUUGCAUUGGAUGAUGGUGUGGAACGUGUACAUUAUCAAGUCACCAUUUCAGUAGUUUAGGGACUAGUUUUACUAGGAAUUUUGCCUUGAAAAGAAAAUCUACUUAUUCUACAGAACGAUGCAUUUUUUGCUUGCAUUCUUUGAACACAGCAUGAGUACUGGUUAAAUACUGUACCUGUUAAUCAUUGGUCUUUCCCUAUCGCUACUAAAAUUUUUUUAUCUCUGUUCAGGAACGAGAUCCUUUUUAAAGUAAUGAGUUACGUGUCUGGAACACUGUUUUAAAGGUGGUAAUAAUUUUGCCAUUAUAAGAGUCUUGAAUUACAGUUGAAGGGGGGAGAUGCCUUUUUGCAUGGUUGUUUGAUUCUGCACAUUCAUAAAACUUAUAUGCAGAAAUUAAUCUCAUGUCUUCAUGCUCUAGUUUUUUUCUAAAUGUAUUGAAUAAAAUUCUUAUUACAUGCUG